AUGCCCGUGGAGGGCUUGGCCGACACCCACGACUUCAAUGCUCUGGACCCGGAAUCGUACACUGCUCACCGACUGAAGCACGCCUUUCCCGACCACCUAGAUCUCACUUCCCGCCGGUUCUUCAUCGGACCGAUACCAGAAGGAUGGCUCAAUAGCAACAGGAAGUCUUGGUAUAAGAGGAGGUUGGAGUGGAGCACAUACUCAUCCAGAAAACAAAGCUUCAGAGCAGCUGCAGAUGCUGGGCCCCAUCACCGAACCCUGACGGGUCUGGAGGGCCCCUCGAUCGCGGCCAGGAUGGGGUUCAAUUUCCCACAGCCAGAAGAUGCCUUUGAUGCGGCUUCGGAUGAAGGCGAGUCACUAAAUGCGGAGGAUGAAGAUGGAGCCCCCGAGACCGAGACGCGGAAUGUCGAGCCGGUUUCGACCAAUGAAUUGCCCCGGGUUCUGGGAAUUGAAGACGAGGAUGAGGAAGGCAAUAGGGUUCCCAAAACCUUGCCAGUCCCAGCAGACACAGGAUUGGACGGAACAAAGGACAGGAGAGGCGCUCGUGGGAAAAAGACUGCAAGAUCAUCUCGCCCUGUUGUUUCCUUCAGCACGGCCCAAGAACAACUACCGGCAGAGUCGCCCAAGUCAGCGACUCCCUUACAGAAAGGCCAGCUACUGGAACAGCUCACCGAUCAAGACAGUGAUGGCCAAGGCCCACCCUCGAACGGGGACUCUUUCGGGACUGUCGGAUUAACGCAAGAUGACGUGGAGACAAGCUCAAGAACAGGUUUACUCGCUGCGGAGGGCGAAUCUUCAGGUGGGAGGAGUCUUCGACGCCACGAACCAGCUCCGCUGCAGGAUGGGAGUUCAUACCAACUGGAAAGGAGGUCUGACACGGGCGUGAGAUUCAAGCUUGCGGAAGGUGUCCAGCACGGGCGAAAUCGCAUUGAGAACAAAGCCGUGCAAGCGCGAAACCGUGUCAAGAGACUACGACGAGACCUUUUGCGUGAAGGAACAAUUGUCAAGAUGGAGCGGAUGUUGGUCAGGUGCGAAAUCACCAUGAACCAAGUGCCGGAAGACUUCGAUGAAAAUGGCAGCAUGAAAAUCGAAACUAGAGUGCUGGAGAAGUGGCGUGAAUUUAUGAUCGUCGCCAGAAAGAGCAAGAAACAGGAUGAUGAAGACUUUAGGCUCCAGAUUUACAAAACAAGGGUCAUCCCUGAGAUCGAUGAUGGCUCGACCAAGAGGAAACCACAGCACGAGAUAAAGCUCGAUCCGAAAUCCACCAGGGUCAACUUGUACUCGUCGUUGGACAAAACAGUGGUCAUCUGGCACCCGUACAAGGCAGGAACUAGAAUUUUUGUUAUGAGGCCAAUUUCGACCGCUCAUUCUGUCGAAUGGUACACCUUCCUCCGAGAUGCCCUAGGAUGGCAACGGCCAGACACUUUGCAUGUCAAUGUACCAGACCUAGACGUGGUACUGAAGCUGGAAAGGCCGUUUGAAGGACUGGAGACCGCCCGACUCAACGCCCAAGACGAAGAGACAGCAAUUGCUCAGACCUUCGCUGCCGAGAAGGCUGUUGCCGGCAAGAUCAUAUCUCAGUGUAUGGAUAUGCUACAACAUGACCGUGAAUGGUCCAGCGUCAUGAAGCUAUGGGCCGAGACCGCAAAGAUGGGUCUCGCCUGGAAGAGAUAUGACAGGCUCGAAUGGGUGUACGGUAUCCAUGAACAGAAGAUGUACGGUUCGAUGGCUAUGGAACACUCGCAUGAGCUCGAACUCCGACCGAAGAAACAUUUUCCAACCACGACUCGUGGUAGGAAGGGAAAGCUUCGCGAGGAACCGCCUCCUAUUGAGGGCUUCUUGAUCCGGUUGACUUCACAGAAAGGUACCCAACAGAGGCUCGGAAAGGCCUUCUUCAAGCGGUUAUACUUCUCUACUCACGACCAAUACUUGAUGUUCAGCCGACCGGCUAAAGCAACUCCGCCCAUGCCGCCGCGCCUGGCCACAAUUGGUGGACACAGAGUUCCUUCGGCGCACGAGAUUAGUAAGAAGACACCAUUGAUGUUUGAUAUCGAACCGUACAAGACGCGGGACGGUGAAAUCACAUGGCUGUCUUCUGGAAAUCAAUUGUCCGUCCAGAGCCACGAUCGCGAUGCUGUUGAAGAAGCUCGACGGAACGUGGCCAACAUCCUCGAUUCAGACGGUCUUAUCAACCUGUGCUAUAUCCGCCAGGUCCGCGUUAUUCAAUGGGGAGCUUCUCCGGCGGACGACACCCUUGAAGCCGGUUCCAGCUCGGAUGUUGAUUUCCACCAAGAAGUGUCAGACACCCGCGGAGAAGAUGGCACAACCAACCAGAUUGAUGACGACCGAAUCUUCGAGCUGCUUUUGGACAAUGGAUUGGUGAUCCGCUUACAGGCAUAUUCCAAAGAAACGCGUGAUGUAUGGAUUCGUCGUUUGAGGAGACUGAUCAAGUACUGGAAGCUUCGCAUGGCUGCGGAGAUGGAUACGUACAAGGCAGUCCGACGGACCAACCUGGCGGAACUCAAUGUGGACGAAGAGCUGGAAGCUGUCAUCGGCCAAUUCGCAAAGAAAUGGGAGGUUAGCCGGAGCGAGGCAAGCCCGGAGCUCUACAAUCUGUGCGGGAUUAACAGCUGUCGAAGCAUCACCUUGUCUGGCUCCCUCUAUCUGAAGACGCGGCGGCGGGCGGCUUUCCACCGCAGCCAGGUGAUUCUGUGCGGCGGGAGGUUGCUGAUAUAUCAAGCGACACUGCGCAAGUCCACGGGGGAGCAGGUGCGUCAUAGCCACCAGGAGAAGCAACAAGUGAUCGAUCUCAAAGACUGCUACGUCUAUAGCGGCUUGAUUGUCGAGGACGACCUGCUGUAUCACAACACUACCUUCGACGCGAACCAUCCUGGCAUGGCUAGUUUGCCACGCGUCUAUCUCGACGACGGUUGGACCAGCGCCGAUAUCGACGUCAUGACUUGUUUUGUGAUCUGGAUGAACCGGAAAAAGGGUUGGUUCCGGACGGCAGCCGCGGCUGAAGAACAACAAGCACAACCAAGCGAUGCUGUCGAUGCCGGUGAAGGGGGGAAGACGGGAGGCGGCAGCAAGAGAGCCAAAUUGCGGCGCGUCGGGCAGCUGGGCGUCCCCGGGCGUGGAAUGGUAUUCAAGUGUCGAAGUCGGGCCGAGAGGGACCAUUGGGUUCUCAGUGUUGCGAGUGAGAUUGAGCGCGUGGUGGAGCACGAGGCCGACAUGAUGGGUGAUGAGGGGGAGUUCAGAUUCGACAAAUGA